AUGCAGUUGGAAAGGUCUGAAGUAGCAUUCUAUGUAUAUACUAACGGCUCACUAUUAAGAACUAAUUUAACAAAAAGAUUCGAACUGACAGAUGAAGCUUUAAGAAAUAUGAGCAGUUGGCCUCCAGUUUCCUUGACCUUCGAAGGCAACAAAAUUCCUUACAUGGACAAAGAAAGCUUUCAAAGAAAUCUAACUAAUUUCAGGCACACGGUUAUAAGCGAAGAUAGUUCAAUAAAAGACGUUGUCAGUUGGUAUACGUCUUUAAACGCUGCGCUUCUAGAACAUCUUACUCAACAAAUCAAAGAAAAUGACAAUAGUGGAGUCUGGAGAUACCUAUUAGCAUUUAAAAAUCUUCUGAAAAGUAUAGAAAGCACUGGAAUUUCGAUGGUUUACGGUGUAAAUUACUUUGGACAAGGUAUCUUGCAUUCUCAAAACUAUAUAAACUAUAUAACUCACGACGCUAUUGCCAAAGAUUUGCUCAACACGUCGCUAAACUAUGUAUCUCAAAUGAAAAGGGAAUACGAAGACCUAACUAUUAAUAUGGUUAAUUAUGGCCACAUUAAAAUUAAGAAUGAUAUAAUAAUGAAAAAUACAGUGCGGUUACCAAAUUACUCCGAAGCUUUGGAAUAUUUCGACAUGAUGGCGACUUACACAGAUGAACUACGAAAAAUUCAAAGGUCCCUUCGAGUUCUUAUACAGGACUAUGUAGACGAAAAUCUCCAAAAUUCUGCGAACACGGAGGCAAUGGGAAUAGCCAUAUUAGUACUAGUACUAUCUGUUUCGCCGGUAAUCAUCUGGCUCGUACGAAACGCGGUAGCUACUAUACAGGUGCCUGCUGAAUAUUACGCAUCCGUUACGGUCUAUUUCAGUGACAUCGUGGGUUUUACUGAAAUAGCUGCAGUAAGUACACCCCUGGAGGUUGUAACUUUUCUCAACAAGAUAUACAAGCAAUUUGAUGCUAGAAUAGAAUGCUACGAUGUAUACAAAGUUGAAACCAUCGGUGAUUCGUACAUGGUCGCUUCGGGACUACCAGAAAAAAAACGCAAGCAUAUAUCUGAGAUAGCAAGCAUGGCUUUGGACCUUCUUUCUGGAUCGAGGCAGUUCAAAAUACCGCACAGAAAAUCCGAAAGACUACAGAUUAGAUCAGGAGCUCACACCGGUCCGGUCGUUGCUGGAAUCGUUGGUUCGAAAAUGCCUAGGUAUUGCCUCUUCGGCGAUACCGUCAAUACAGCCUCUAGGAUGGAAUCCACAGGAGAAGCAUCCAAAAUACAUAUAAGUCUGGACAUGAAAAGAGCUUUGGAUUUAAUUGGUGGAUACAAAACCGAACAUAGAGGAUUAGUGGACGUAAAGGGAAAGGGACUGAUGGAUACCUACUGGCUAACUUGUAAGGAAGGAGGCCUAAAUAGGACCGUUGAAAUGGACACACCUUCGUACUUCCCGGAAGAAGACGACGAUCUGGAGCCCGUUUUCAUCAAGAGACUGAGGAAUGAAAGUUAUUUUUGA